UCCAAAAUGGCGACAUUGAAUAAAGUAAGCUUGAAUUUUUUGUGCUUUGUGCAACGUUUGCGACCACUGUCUGGGAAUAACAAGGCAGUCUUCAGCACAUUUAUUAAACUACAUAAUAGCAUGCAUGAUAAAAUACAAGAGCAAUUUUUAGAAGAGAAAUGUAUUCUCAUAAAUGAAGAAGAUAAAGUGAUUGGAGAAGAAACAAAAAGAGAAUGUCACCUGAACAGUAAUAUAAAGAAAGGGAUGCUUCAUCGGGCAUUUAGUGUCUUCUUAUUUAAUGACAAUAAUGAAUUAUUACUCCAACAAAGGUCUGACGCAAAGAUAACAUUUCCUGGUCGUUUUACAAACACUUGUUGUAGCCAUCCAUUGAGCCUUCCACAUGAAUUAGAAGAUGAAGAUUUUCUUGGAGUAAGAAGAGCAGCUCAACGUAAACUCAAUCAUGAACUUGGUAUUGAAGCUAGUCAGGUUCCUCUUGAAGACAUCAAUAUGAUUACAAAAAUUCAUUACAAAGCACCUUCUGAUGAAAAGUGGGGAGAGCAUGAGAUUGACUAUGUCCUAUUUAUCCAGAAAGAUGUUGAUAUUCAAAUGAAUCCCAAUGAAGUAAAAAGUUUUUGUUUUGUGAAUCAAAAGAAAAUGAAAGAUAUUUUACAAGAUGCUGAAGAUGAAAAGAUAAUUAUUACUCCUUGGUUUCACUUAUUGUGCAAGAAAUUUUUGUUCAAAUGGUGGGAUAAUUUGAAUAAUUUGGAAAAGAUCAAGGAUGUACACACUAUCCAUAAAAUGAUUGAAGAUUGAAAUUAAAAUAUUUGACUGCAGCAGAUAUUUCAGCCUAUUUACAAACUAUGUCAACUAC